AUGGCACCGGUGUCCGCCGGCCGAAAGCCGCAUGGACCCUGCCAAACAAUCUCCUCUAUCAUUGCCCCUCAAUUCGUCCCCGAUGACCAGCCACCACAGCCCUCUCCAUUGACCCCAACCGGCGGGAAGCCCAGCGAUGACUUCCUCUUCGUAUCGAAGGACUUCCCGUAUCACCCUCGUUCCCCCGUAAGCACGUUCCUCCAGCACCAUACGGGCCUUGCCACAGACUGUGACAUGGUCCUCCGUGAGACAAUCAAGAAGCACCAUCCCCACCUCGCCAUGACAGUAUGCGCCGACCGCAACUGCGACAUUCUCACCUAUGCUGCCCUCGGAAAAGUGGACUUGAAACCCAAGGAUAUCCCCUUCCUGACGCAGUCGGUUUUCGCACCCUCUGAGCAUCGCUCGGAUGGGCCUGGGGCUAUGCAAGUUAGCUUGGAUUUUGGCUGCUUUGAUGUGUGCACAAAGUCCGGGCACAAGUUCAUACAUUAUUACGCAUCUUACGUGGAAUCUUACCAACAGAAGGCUGCAAAUUACUUCCUGCAUGAUCUGGAUUCCAAAGCUGCAGUGCAGGAGUUGAUUCUUGAAGCCUGUAGCUGGGCGGUGGAACUGCACGAUGAGAUAUUGAUCUUCCAGAGUUUCUGGAUGAAGGACCAUAAGCUCUGGCAGGCAAUCCAGAAGGCAAAGUGGAAAGAUGUCAUUUUGGACGAGAAGAUGAAGAAGGAGAUCAUCAAUGAUGUUGGCAGCUUCUUUGCUGGGCGAGACACAUAUGAAAAUCUCGGCGUACCGUGGAAGCGUGGUUUGAUCUUUCAUGGACCUCCCGGAAACGGGAAAACCAUCUCCAUCAAGGCAUUGAUGAAGAAUCUUGAGCAUCCCACGCUUUACGUUAAAUCAUUCCACACCUACAAUGGCGACGAGACCGGUAUCAAGAUGAUAUUUGAAAAAGCCAGGGCAAUGGCUCCAUGCUUGCUGAUCUUGGAGGAUAUUGACAGCUUGAUCACGAAAGAUAAUCGAUCCUACUUUCUGAAUGAGGUUGAUGGGCUGGAAGAGAAUGAUGGGAUAUUGGUCCUCGCGACUACCAAUCACUUGGAUCUCCUGGACCCGGGUAUUGUAAGCCGCCCUUCGCGAUUCGAUAGAAAAUACUUCUUUCCACUCCCAUCAAUGGACGAGAGAAAGGCGUACUGCAAAUAUUGGAAGCACAAAUUAGAGGGAAGUGACAAAAUCGAUUUCCCGGAUAGUCUAGUCGACAAGAUUGCCGAGUGGACAGAGGACUUCAGUUUUGCAUACUUGAAGGAAGCAUUCGUUAGCUCGUUGUUGAUAAUUGCGGCAAGAGAAGGUUAUGGUGGGGAAGAUGGAGAUGAGGGAGACGAGGAGUCGUUUGAAACCGUCAUCAAGAGACAGAUCGAAACGCUCAAAAAGGAGAUGGGAGAUGGCAGUGAGCAACUAAUCAAUGCAGUGUCGUCUCAGAUUAACCCACCUCUAGAUUCUAACCCGCCACACAAAUCUGAUCCCGUGAAUUAG